GAGCCAGCUGCCUCCAAGUCUGUCAACGCCAAGCAAAUUGUUGACUUCUUGGUUGUUGAUUAAAUUUCAUUCAAAUGAAAAUGUCGAAUUUCGGGGAACUAAUUAAAUCUGAAUUUCCCAAAAUAGACGAUGACCUUUAUGGCUACGUUGAAGGAGUACUGUCUAAUGGCGCUGAAGACUUUGAAGAUAGUGAAGAAGUCUAUGAAGCCAUCGGUGGUCUGCUCCAUCAAGUUGCUUGUGACAAAACGGAGGAAGAUAUUAGGGAUAUCUGCAAUAAGCUGAUGUGUCUAAUGAAAGGAGAUAAGGCCAUUCCUAAUGGAACGGCCAGCAACAAAGUAUUAGACGCACCAGUGCAUCUAGCUUCAAUGGCUGCCAACCUUGAAACUGAAGUUGAUGAGAUCAAGAGCAUCUGGGUUAUGCAACGUGAUGACGGUCUGAAAGUGGAUGCUAAAAAAUUGGAGAAAGCCGAAGCAAAACUACAACAAAAACAAGCUGCAAGGGCCGAUUUGGUACAUAACAGACCACCCCCGGCUCCUGUACAGCUACAAACAGCGACGGCUUCUCAAGUAACCAGCAAGAAAGAGGCGAAACUAGAGGCUAAGGGGAACAACCGUGCGCAGGACAUUCGUAUAGAGAACUUUGACAUUGCCUAUGGUGACAGAGUUUUAUUACAAGGAGCAGACGUUGUGUUGGCGUUUGGACGAAGGUACGGACUAUGCGGGAGGAACGGUCUAGGGAAAACGACGCUACUUAGGAUGCUUUCAAGUGGUCAGUUACGGAUACCCGCUCACAUAUCCGUGCUGCACGUGGAGCAAGAGGUGGUGGGUGACGACACUCCGGCACUGGAGUCCGUCCUGCAGUGCGACUUUGCUAGGGAGCGGCUGCUGCAGCGCGAGAAGGAGAUCACAGCGGAAAUAAACGCAGGGAACACGGAUCCAACACUACCCUCGGAGCUGACGGAAGUGUACACUCAGCUGACGUCCAUGGAAGCAGACAAGGCUCCGGCGAGAGCAUCCGUCAUCUUGGCAGGUCUCGGGUUCAGUGCGGAAAUGCAGCUCAAGAAAACCAAGGAGUUCAGUGGAGGUUGGCGUAUGCGUCUGGCACUCGCUCGGGCUCUCUUCUCUAGGCCAGACCUGCUACUUCUGGACGAGCCGACCAACAUGUUGGACAUCAAGGCCAUCAUCUGGUUGGAGAACUACCUCCAGAACUGGCCUACCACUCUGCUGGUAGUCUCUCACGACAGGCACUUCCUGGAUACCGUCCCCACGGAUAUCCUACAUCUACAUUCUCAGAGGAUAGAUCCGUACAGAGGUAACUAUGAUGUUUUUGAGAAGACGAAAACGGAAAAGCACCGCAAUCAACAGCGAGAGUUUGAGGCUCAACAGCAACACAGGGCUCACGUACAGGAGUUCAUCGACAGAUUCCGAUACAACGCAAACCGAGCGUCAAGCGUACAGAGCAAGAUCAAGAUGCUGGAAAAGCUGCCCGAAUUGAAGCCCAUAGAGAAGGAAGUGGACGUCACGUUAAAGUUUCCCGAGGUUGAGUCGUUGUCGCCUCCGAUCCUGCAGCUCAACGAGGUUAGCUUCUCCUACGUCCAGGGUCGACCAAUCCUGGCCAAUGUUAACUUAGGAGCCACGUUAGAGUCUAGGAUAUGUAUUGUUGGAGACAACGGUGCUGGUAAGACAACCCUGCUCAAGAUCAUCAUGGGUAUCCUCAGUCCUACGAGUGGGAGUAGACAUGUUCACCGUAACCUCAAGUUCGGCUACUUCAGCCAACACCACGUAGACCAGCUGGAGAUGAAUACGACGUCCGUGGAACUACUUCAGACAAGCUUUCCUGGCAAGUCAGUAGAGGAGUACAGACGACAGUUGGGUUCCUUCGGCAUCUCGGGCGAUCUUGCACUACAAACAGUAGCCAGUCUAUCGGGAGGACAGAAGUCUCGGGUGGCGUUCGCCAGGAUGUGCAUGGCCGUACCUAACUUCCUAGUGCUAGAUGAGCCUACCAACCAUCUCGACAUUGAGACAAUUGAGGCACUCGGCAAAGCCAUCAACAAGUAUACGGGAGGAGUGAUCCUCGUAUCUCACGACGAGAGGUUGAUUCGCAUGGUGUGUCGAGAAUUGUGGGUUUGCGGGCAAGGCUCUGUACGCAGCGUGGAGGGAGGCUUCGACGAGUACCGCAAGAUCGUAGAGAGAGAGCUGGCGGAAGCGGCGAAAUGAACUCCCAGGGUACCCGGUGAAUUUUUGAAGGCUGUGAUGGGAGGUACAAGGUGGUCGUCCAUCUUGGUGAUAUUACACUGCAAUGGAAAGUUUUCUAUAACUUAUUGUUUUAAUUAGCUAUCUAAGAUUAUAACAAUUUGUAUUUGUAUCAAUAAAUCCAUGUACAGAACCCGUA